CCAGGCUCUUCGUCCAGUUUGGUAUCAGUGACUCCGACUUGAAAGCCUGGCUUGCAGAACGCAUGAACCUUGCAGAGAACUCCCUGCAACUUGGAUUACGUCUUGGGUAGCUAUUCUAGAAUCUUUGAUCAGAAAGUCGAAGUGUAAGAAAAGUUCUUGCUAAGAAAUCAAGAGACGAACAACCACUUCGUACUUGUCAGCUGCCCGCCUUGCAACUAGUAACAAAACUAAAAGCAGAUCAGCAAGCAUGGCUGACCACCCGCGCGGAGCCCCCACCCCUACGAGGGCGGAGCUGAGCACCACGACCGGGGUUCCCCCUCAGGAUCAGGAGGCAGCCAGGAAGGGCCACGAGGAAACCAGGGAGGCCUUCCCCGAGCUAGACGCUUAUGAGGGCAACAUCCAGAAGCCCAACAUGCAAGAGACAAGAGAGGCCGGAACAGCGGAACGGAGAGCGCAGCUAGCAGAAGAAAGGAAAGGAGAGCUGCAAGGAAUUGACCAGUAAUUGAGGCGAUGUACAGAUUUGGGGUAUAUUGAAACGAAGUAUAGUAGCUUUAGUAGUUUCGGGCCACCUUACUUGGCAUUUUUACCAGCGAAAUGCCUGAUGUCUAGACGUAGGUAAAACUUGACUUGAAGUGUGUAAAGUACGUCGUGCACUUGAUGAUUUGUGUGCAAUGAAAUCUCCUUACAGCGGAUGUUACACAUCAAAGAUUGUAAAGGCUUUCUUCAUCCAACUCUAAAGUGGUUUACUCGACCCGGCAGCAUGUCUAUGUUGAUCGAUAGAGAGCUUGAUUUGUCG